AUGGAAAAUAACGUGUUGCCUUUAUUACUGCGUGAAUAUGCUCCUGACGAUGUAUACAACGCUGAUGAAUUUGGAUUGUUUUUUAAGCUUAUGCCAGAUAAGUCUUUUGUUUUUAAAAAUGAGACAUGCCAUGGUGGAAAGUUGAGCGAGGAACGUCUCAGGGUUUUAGAGUGUACAAAUUCUACCAGCACCCAUAAAUUAGAAAAAGUAGGUGUCCUCGCUGUUUCAAUAAUCUCUCUAGAUACACUUUUCGGUAAACAAAAGAGAAAAAUUAUUCUAUUUGUCGACAGUUGUCCGGCUCACCCAAGAGAUAUCCCUACUACCAAUAUAAAACUUGUUUUCUUGCCACCAAAUACUACAUCUAAGUUACAACCCAUAGAUCAGGGUAUCAUUAAAGUGAUAAAACAAAAGUACCGAAAAAAGUUAGUUCAGCGGUACUUGAAAGACAUGGAGAGUACCAACAAAAUUUCAAUUAAAGUUAUGUUUUGGACUCCAUACAUUAUGUUAGUGCCGCUUGAGAUGACAUUAAACCAGAUCUCACAUUUAGAAGAAGAAGACUCUCAGCUUUUGCAAAAUUUUGUUGAUUAUACAACAGUAGAUGAUGAGCUCGUAACCAGUAGAACUCAGACUUUAGAUGAAAUAAUCGCUGAUACGAACUUAGUGGAGAAUGAGAAAGAAGAUGACGAUCAAGAAGAUCAAGACUUUCCAGUAUCUAGUUCUACAAUUACUGUUGGUUUGCAACACCUAUCAGAAAUUCGAAAAAAAAAUUGA